GAGAGCGGGGCCACUGCAAGGUGACGGCGGAGGUGGAGGCGGAGGCGCUUUCAGCUGCGGCCGCCGCAGGAAGAGGGGGUUGUUCGCGAUGCUCUCCUCCGCCCUCCAGAUCUUGGCGUUCGCCCUGGCGCUGCUGGGCAUCUUCGGGGCGACCGUGGCCACGCUGCUGCCCAACUGGAAGGUGAGUGCCGAGCAGGGCCCCAACAUCAUCACAGCCAUCUCGCAGAUGCAGGGGCUAUGGAUGGACUGCACCUGGUGGAGCACGGGGGUGUUCAGCUGCACGCUCAAGUACUCCGUGCUGGCUCUGCCCGCGUACUUGCAGACGGCGAGGACCACCAUGGUGCUCUCCUGCAUGAUGGCAACCUUGGGACUCUGCCUGGCUGCCCUGGGACUGAAGUGCACCCGCUGGGGGGGGAGUCACCGCUCCAAGGGGCACACAGCCAUCGCUGCCGGGGCUUGCUUCGUGGUGUCCGGGGUGCUGUGCCUGGUGCCUGCCUCGUGGUUCACCAAAGAGGUCAUCACCAAUUUCCUGGAUGCCCGCGUGCCGGAAAGCAGCAAGUUCGAGCCCGGGGGCGCCGUCUACGUUGCCUUUGUGUCGGCAGGAUUCUUCCUGGCAUCAGGGGUGAUCUUCUGCCUGUCUUGCCCCGGGAAGAGAGAGGGGCCGCUGGACUCGGGGUCCUCCUACCCUGGCAAGGCGCUCCAGAAGCAGCCGCACCACGAGCAGGUGAACCGCGAGCAGCAGACGCAGCCGCCCGACCCGCGGGAGGAGCAGCACCCUCAGCCCCCGCCCCUACCGGUGCCAAACAAGGAGAAAGCCAACCCGGAGAAGCCGAUCCACACGGACGAGCUGCCUCCACCACAGCAGCCGCUGCCUCCAGACAAGCUCCUCCAGGAGCAGGAGCAGGCAUACUACUCCCCAUCCCGCUCCCGACCCCCACCCCCUGACAUCAAGAAAGGCUACAGCCUACAAGACUAUGUGUAAUAGGCUCUCUACUGGCGGGAGCACCAGACUGAAAAAAAAAGAAGGCGGAGAAAAGGAGUGGAAGUGAGGUAAAGAAAGAUGGACAUUGGGUUUGGCUUGAUGCUUUUCUUUGUAAGAGGAGAAAGAGAGGAAAAAAGGGAUAGAGAGAAGCAGAGGCAGAUGAGGUAGUGGAGGAGGAGGAGGAGGAGGAGGAGGAGGAGGGGAAUGACUUUGACAGCGUUAUCUCCCUCACUCAUCUGUGCUUUCUGCGCAGCAAGCAGUGAGGGACGGAGGUGUUCCCAUUAUCUAGGCAGGCAGAUUGGGAGUCCUGUAUCCACAGAGUGAUUGAGGGUUUGCAGCUGUGAGCUUGGACAAAGGGACAAAUCAGGAAGUAACGAUGAUGAAAAUGCACACAAAAAACCGAGCUUGAAUGCUGCUUUAUUGGACAAAAAUUAUAACAAAAAAUAAAUAAACAAGAAAACUGAAGUGGAGGACACUUUACUUCAAUAAAGCUUUAAAUAAACUGAA